CAGAGUGUGAACGUAAGAAUGUUUCAGACUAUUGCAAUACAUGUUAAAAACAAAUAAUUAUAUUUUGACAAGUAUUCUACAAGUUAUGCAUAAAACAAGUUAUUAACUUGUUUCUUUGUGUAAACGAGGGGUAACGACAACGAGUGACGGAGUGCGACAGAGAAUUUUCAGAAAAUAGGAAUAAACAAUAAUAUUUAUUAAAUACAAAAUUGUCAUCAUGUCAGACGAAGAAAAUGAAAAAUGGUCGAGAGACGAACCAAAUAAAGAGCACCGCAUCUCACCAACAUGUUCCAACUUUGAAGUACUUGAUCCUCACGACCCCGUUAUAAGUCGGCUAGCCAUGCAGCUAUUUAAACGCACUAAUGACUACUUACAAGGAGAAAUGGCAGCUGGACAGGAUCAUUAUACACUAUUGGAAGAAAUCAACCGUCUCACAAUCACAAAAUACACAGACCUAAAAAAUCUGACAGUUAACUUAUCUAAGGCAUUGAAUGAAUAUAAUGAUUUGUAUGAAGCAGCAAUAAAACCAUUGCUGUUAGAAAUUGAUGAAAUUGACUCACAAGUGUCACAAUUUGAAGCAAAUGCCUACAGACUGGACAGUUACACUAAACAGUUGAUGGCUCGGUUCACAGAACUUGGAGAAAAGUGAAUUUCUUAAUAGAAACAUUGAACAGAAACUCCCUUUAACAAAAUGUAAAAUACAAAUAACAAAAUUAGUUAAAAAAUUCAUGAUAACAGUGGCAACCCAACAUGGUUCUACAUUAUUUAUGAAUUAUUUAGGUGUUAUUUUUUUUAUCCAUAUCUCAAGGUUGAUCUCCUCACGUUCAAGGUAUUUAAUGGUUACCCUAGAACCUAUAAAUAUAGGCAUUUUUGCUACCAAAGGAAUAAUGUUUCGUUAGCGGUUUCCUGGUUGAUAGUGUAAACAUGAAAUAGAAGAUAUUUUUAUUUUGACGAGGAGAAAUGAACUUACGUGUCACCUGAUAUAAAGUGAUCACCUACCGCCACCUACCCUUGCAAUACCAGAGGAAUCACGGGAGUUUUGUGGGCCUUUUAGGACGCGCUUAUUUAAAGUACACAUCGCCUGGAACACCGCGCAAGGAAAGUCAUUCGACAGUUUAUAAAUUACGUAAUAUAAAUUAUUGUAGUAAAGUCUUAUUUUAUUUGUGUAAUUUCUUCGUGGAUUAUUGCGAUGUUUUUUAAUGUUAAGGAAGACUAAGUUGCGACUAUAUUGUAUAAGUUUUUUGUAUAGAUUCAUGAAGUUAAGUUGGAAAUAAAAUAUUUACUUUACAUA